AUGGUCCACUGUAAUAACCAAACCAUGCCUCCCCCCAUGACAGUCUUCAUACUGCUAGGCUUCCCAGCUCUUCAGGAGGCCCCUCUCCCGCUCUUCUUCAUCUUCCUGGCCCUAUAUACCCUCAUCGUUGUGGGCAAUGUAGUGAUCCUAGUGGCUGUGAUUGGAGACCCCAGGCUCCACAAGCCCAUGUAUUUCUUCCUGUGCAACCUUUCAGCCCUGGAUGUUCUCUUUACAACCACCACUGUGCCCAAGAUGCUGGCCAUGUUCCUCUUCCAACAUAAUACCAUCUCCUUCGCCAGCUGCUUCCUGCAGAUGUACAGUUUCCAUACCCUCACAGUCAUGGAAUCCUUUAUCCUGGUAGUCAUGGCCUAUGACCGCUAUGAAGCUAUCUGCCACCCACUGCACUAUCCUGUCCGUAUGACUCCACAGGCCAAUGCCAGGCUGGCAGCGAGUGCCUGGGCCAUGGCACUGAUCAUCCCAGCCCCGGUGAUGGUGGAGACAUCCCAGCUGGAAUACACAGCUAGGGCCACAGUGGAGCAUUGUUUCUGUGACCACCUUGCUGUAGUAAGGGCUGCCUGUCAGGAUGCUGGGACCGAGCAGCAGACUUUUAUUGGCUUCUGCAUUGCCAUGACUGUCUCCUUGGUGCCUCUGUUCUUGGUUCUGUUCUCCUAUGGGCGGAUCCUGGCAUCUGUUCUAAAGAUUGCUUCCCAGGAAGGUCGGGCCAAGGCCUUUUCCACCUGUACAUCCCACCUUCUGGUUGUUGGGACCUACUACUCAUCCAUUGCUGUGGCCUAUGUGUCCUACCGAAUGGAAAUGGCCAUUGAUCUUCACGUGCUCAGCAAUGUCAUUUUUGCCAUCUUGACCCCCAUGUUGAACCCCCUCAUCUACACAUUGAGGAACAAGGAUGUAAAGGAAGCCAUUAAGACUGUCUUUCUAAGACAUUUCCUCAUUUGA